AUGGAGACGGAGUUCCUCCGAUCGAGGCUAUGUAAAUGGUCGGGAGACGCGAACCGCUUCGAUGAAGACGAAGCUUACAUCGAGGUGGUGACUUCGCCGAACAACCCAGACGGAUCGAUUCGAGGAACCGUUGUGAACCGUGAAGGUGGUAAAUCUAUUCAUGACCUAGCCUACUAUUGGCCUCAGUACACGCCAAUAACACGUAAAGCUGAUCACGAUGUUAUGCUUUUCACUUUCUCCAAAGCCACCGGACAUGCCGUUUCUCGCAUUGGUUGGGCUAUCGUUAAGGAUAAAGCAAUCGCCUCCAAGAUGGUGACAUUCAUAGAGGUGAGCAGCAUCGGUGUAUCCAAAGAAUCCCAGCUUCGUGCCGCCACUAUUCUCGGAGUCGUCGCCGACGACUGCCAGAACCCCGAGCUUGAAGAAGUAAACUUCUUCGAACACGGGCGGCGCCUCAUGUCCGACCGAUGGGAAAGGCUCCGGGAAGUGGUGAUGAAAAACAACGGAGCUAAAGUCAUGUGA